AUGAUUAAGAGAAAUCUAAGGCUACCUGAAUUUACGACAAAAAAUAUCAAGAAUUUGAUUAUUAACUAAUUUACAGGAUAAUUGAUUAAAUAAGUUAAAAUUCUUAAUCCUUAGAAAUCAUGUCUUUUGUCUGUAGAUGAGGUCAGACAAACAACUUUGUUAUUCUUUUUUAAUAUACUGAACUUAGAAAUGUCAAAUUUCAUUUAAUGAAUCUCACAUGUAUAAAUUUAACUUUGAUUUUAAUAAAAUAAGAAAAAAUUACUCUAUUAAAUUGUAAAUUCACUGAAAAUAUUCUUCUGAUAACGAAAACUUCAGAAUAAUUGGGAGUAUUAGUUAGGAUAUCCGAACAAGAAUAAAAAAUGGUUUUUUCUAAUAUACAUUCAGAAAACAAUAUUUAACACAGUUAUAUUCAAGACAUAUCCUUUAUUUCCUCUUCAACAAUAUUAUUAAUUACUCCAUACUCAACUGUUGAGAUGAGUAAUUCAAUAUUUUUAAAUAAUUUAGUUACAAAUGGAGAGAACUCUAAUCUUAUUUUGAUUAUUAAAUCAGUUUCAAUAAUUGAUUCUUAGUUUUUAAAUCAAACAACUAAGAAUUUUAGUCUUUUUUUCAUAACAUUUAAAUUGGGGAUUCUCAUAUGAUGACUAGGUUUAAUUGGAAGAUUUUUAUGAAUCAUAUUCAAAUAUUUUCUAAAGAAGGAGCGGGAUAUAUAAAAAGUUCAAAGAUCUUUUUGGAUAAUUUAUAUGUAAACAACACUUAAGCACUAUUCGGAAGAGGUUUUUAUCUGAUAAAUCUUUUGGUUCAUUGGAGUUGAUGAAUUCUAAAUUUGUAAAUUGUAAGACUUUUACAAAAAAUUCAGAGAAGUCUAAAUACUUUAUAUAUUGACUCUACAUAAUCUUAGCUAGAUCUAUAAAUAAAUAACAUUACGAUAAAAAAUUCCUUUAGCAGAAAUGAAGGAGGAUGCAUUAAUAUUGAGCCUUCCAGAAUAAAAAGUUCUAUCAAAUUUUAAGAUUUUAGUAUUUAGAAGUUAUAUUCGUUGAUGACACCUUUCUUAAAAUACCUGUAAGUCUUACAAGUUCUUCAUUACUACUUUUUAUUUAAUUUGCUAAUGUUUAAAUUACUUAUUCUUACAGUGGCUAUUUAGAGGAAAUAGUAGAUCUCAAACGAAUUGAAGUAUCAAAUCUAAAAAAAAAAAACUAUUUAAUUUAAAUAGAUUAAAAAAAUGUUAUCAUGCAAAAUUAUAUAUAUAGAAAUAUCUUUAAUUAUGGUUUUUUUUAAAUUGUCUCAGUUGUGAAUUAAUAAUAUUUACAAAUUGGACAUUAAAAAUUUUGCUAUGUUGUCAGAAGCAAUUUUUAAUAUAAUACUGAAAAAAAGUAUUUAUUAUUAUUAAAAUCUCAUUAGAAUUUUUCGAGUAAAAUUACAUUAAAAGAAGUAUCUGUAAAAAAUGUAAUAGAAUCAUGAUUUUGUCGAAAUUCUGAAAGAUAAAUUAGAAGUUCUGUUGAAUUCUGUAUAUAAAUGUAGUUAAAAUUUGGAGAUUCCAGAGAGUAUAGACGUUUUUUAUACUAAAUAGAGAAAAAAAAUAAUCUCACUCAAUAAUUUUUAAGGAUAAUUAAUGGAAGAUAAUAGUUGAUUACAAUUUUUAAUAAAGAUCAAGUGUCUAUUUUACAUUAUUUAUUUUUUAAACAUUUAAAAUGGAGAAAAUUAUUGUUCAGGUUGCUAAAGUAGCAUCUUUCAAAUUACAAAUAUUGACAAAAGCUGAUUCAAUGAAUUUGAUUUAUAUCGGAAAUUCAACAUUCAAAAAUAAUACUUACGGAUAAUUUGGUUUUGUUGUCAUGUUAUCUUUGGAUUAAAAAUCUAAUCAAAUAUAGAAUAAAAAUAGAAUUUUAUAAUCUGUUUAGAUUAUUGAUAAUAUCAAUACAGAAGUAAUAAUUUUAAACAAUGUUUUCAUUGAAAAUAAAGCAACUUAUGGAGGAGCCUUGUUCCAAAAUGAAUACAUUAAUCAAUAAUUGUAUUUUUUUAACUAAAAUACUGUAAUAUAGUCUGGAGAGGCCAGCUUCUCUUAGCAUUAUGAUUGUUCAAAAAUUGCAAUUAUAUAAUUCUUUAAUAACACACAAUUGUCCCAAUGUUGGAGGAGGAUUAUAUUUGGAAAAGUAUUAACUGAAAGAUCUUAAGAUCUUGAAAAAUUAUCUAAGAAAUAACAAAGCUUAGAAAUUUGGAGAUACUUUGGCUGAAAAUUUCUCUUAAUUGACUAUCAAUGAAGAACAUUAAUUACUUUGGACAAAAAGAAUAACUACCAAUAAUGAAUCAGUUUUAGACUAAAUUAUCUUUAAUAACUACACAAUAGGUUCAAAUACUUACAAAUAUAUUAUGGUUUCUAAUGGGCAAAUAGUGUCAGAUUAUAAAUUUUAUGAUGAAAUUACUUAAUGUUUUAUCAACUACAAUUUUAGCUUAAGGAUCAUCCCUUAGAACAAAUAAUAUGAUAGAAUCAAAAACUUGACUGGAUCUUAGUGUCUUAUAAGAAGUUGUUAAAUCAUUAAUUCAAAAUCAGGAGAAUAUAAUUCACACCUAAUAAAUUUGAAGAGUGUCCUUUUCAAUGAAACUACAUAGAUUACAAUUUAGAUUCCCAUAUUGUGUAUUUCAAUCCAGAUUUGA